GCGCUGCGCGCGCAGGCAUGCGCAGAGAAUUCGGCGCGCGAAAGCUACAGCCGGAAGUGAGAGCAGCUGAACACAAACGGCGGCCAGUUUGGGUUUUGAACCUCUCACACAAAUUCUAUAAUCUGUUAACAUCUGCUUUAUUAUGGCAGACCAGAAGGACCAGGAAGACCAUGAAACCACUGGAGACGGUGCCGAGGACACCAAUCACGAUCCCCACUUUGAGCCCAUCGUGUCUCUUCCUGAGCAGGAUGUUAAAACAUUAGAAGAGGAUGAAGAGGUGCUCUUUAAAAUGCGGGCCAAACUAUAUCGUUUUGCCUCUGAGAAUGAUCCUCCAGAGUGGAAGGAGAGGGGGACUGGUGACGUGAAGCUGCUGAAACACAAAGAGAAGGGCACGAUCCGCCUCCUGAUGAGGAGAGACCGAACCUUGAAGAUUUGUGCCAAUCAUCAUAUCAGCCCUCAAAUGGAGUUGAAGCCCAACGCCGGCAGUGACAGAGCGUGGGUGUGGAACACACUAGCAGAUUAUGCUGACGAAUGCCCCAAACCAGAACUCCUGGCAAUACGCUUUUUAAACGCAGAAAAUGCUCAGAAGUUCAAGGCGAAGUUCGAUGAAUGCAAAGAGGAGGUCAAAAAACAACUAGAGGGAUCAGGCAACGCUGAUAGUGCAAACAAGGUGGCAGAGAAGCUGGAGGAGCUCUCAGUAAAAGAUAAGGCAUCUGAGGGAAAGAAGGAAGAGGUCAAAAAGGAGACCGAGAAGAAUGAAGAUGAGAAAAAGGAGGUGAAAGCUGUGGAGAAGAAUUAAGAACCAAGAACUUGCUUUGCUGAUCUUCAGUUUUUUUUUUUCAGUUUUUCCUCUUUUUCUACAAUAGACUAUAUGAACUGAAUUUGGACUCUUGCAUAUUAGUUUUUUUUUUAUCUGUUUUGCCUCAAGAUCACAAGUCCUUCAAGCCACUGGAGAAAAUAUCAGAUGCUAAGUUUAUAACAAAUCUUUUUUCUCUGACCCUGUUCCCGCGUUGCUCAGUGGAAGCCCUCACUUUCUACCCUUACUUUCGAGAGUUCAACAUUACUAUUGACAAACUGUGAAAAGAGGCUUGUGGUAGCAAUGAUUCCCACAUUGGGGUAUUUGUUUUGUUAUUUUAAAGCAGAGUUCAUUUGUAGGGUGAGAGGAUAAUGUAGCCUGCUCUUUAGCAGCACCAGGUCAGGAACCAGGCAUUAUGGAGGUGCAUUGUAAAGGUGAAACCCACUGGUGACACUCUGUGGGCCUGUGCAUCCUGUCCACACUUCCACUAUUAGAUCACAAGGUAAAAACUUCUCUUUGAGGUAAUUGUCUCUUGGAUUCCUCUUUGCUCAGUUCAGUUGGCUGACUACAAGAGGAUUUCCCUCUGGACGGUUGGAGAGUGUCAGAUGAGUGUUACAAGAUCAAAGUGUCCACUUAUGGGUUAAAGACGGAUAACAUGCACUUAAUUAAGAAUCUCAUAUUUGCUUCUUUUAGUCUUUAAAUUUAUUAAGUCCAAAGUAAAAACAGUUCAUCCAUUUGUGCAGCUUUUUUUCUUCACUCAUGUUCCUGAUCAGGAGACUUAGUUUGUAUGUUUUAGCUCAUGACAUUCCCAGACUUCAUAGCAUGUAAAGUGUAUGUAAUGGAGUGUGCCCCAUUUGAUCUGUGUGCUCACCGCCCACUCCUUUUCUUUCCACCCAACAAGUUUUCAGCCUUGACUCUUCAGUGCAUCCAAGUGCCAGUGCAUCUGUAAAUACAUAUAUAUGGAUGAAAUGUUGCUCUUCGUUUGCACUCAGAUGAUCUGAAAUGUUUCCUCCAACUUCAAAUAAAAGCUGGUAAAGAUCA